CUUAGGCAAAGAGAACAUUUGUGCAAAGUGAGCUGUAAAGAGGGGAAAAUAUCUAUACAGAGGAAUAUAUUCAUGUUCUAGAAGCUUCACAGAAGAGUUAGACAGAGGAAAGCCACAAAGGAUAUUAGGAAAUUCUGCAACAUACUAUUUCUAAAGAUAGCAAGUCUUUGUUCUUGCUUACAUUUCCAAACUGUGCAGCCAUCAUGUGUCUACAUAUAUCUCUCCUGUUGUUUCCACUUUUCCUUCUGUUCCAACUUUGUGUGAUCACUACAGGUUUUCCCCUUGAAAAUGACAUGCCAUCCCCGAUGGACAGCAAUGACACUCUACCGUGGAGUAGGGAGAUCAGCUUUCCGACUACUGUUUUACCACAUGGGAGGAACAAUGAAGCUUCUGACCCACAAGCUCCUGACGUAACACGGAGUCUGAAAACAACACAGGAACACAUUCUAUACCUAACGGAACAUGUUGACUAUGAUGACUAUGAAAAUGAAGAUGAUGGGGAUGAGGUUUUCACUGACAUUCCACAUUUUUCAAAUGAAGCUUGUCCAUAUGAUCGCUGCAAACACCUCCAGCUACCUUGUGAUGAGAUACAGAAGAGGUUAGGGGGGAGAUGCCUUUGUCCUGGGAUUAGUGGAAGCUCAAUUAUUCCCGAUUCCCCUCGUUUAAAACAAGUAACUCCCGGACAGACUCAGAUUGAAGUGAACUGGUGCGCCCCUCUUUCUACCGUGCAGUCAUAUAGAGUGUUGUAUGGUACACCUGAAGGACCACUGGAGAUGGGACCCUCGCUCAAUCAGUCUUAUCGCUUCUUUUCAAUAACAAAUCUCCUCUCAGGAACUGCCUAUAGGGUAUGUGUGGUAGCCAUUAAUGAAGCAGGACAAAGCCAGGUACAGCCUGGAGAUGGACAAAAUGAAGGAUUCAACCAAGAAGAUAUUGUAGGACCAUGUAGCACAUUUCAUACUUUACAGGGAUCCUAUGUGUAUUUGGCAAUAGGGUUUGGUCUGGCAAUACUUGCUGGUGUAUUGGGAGUUUCUAUCCUUAUUUAUUGGUUUUCGAGUAGAAAGAAGGUUAGAAGUAUUAAAAGGGCAAGAGGAGAUGAUAUUGGGGUAACCAACAUGUCGUUUAAGGCUGAAAGCACUGAAAACCUGUAAAGAAAGGGAGUUUUUUGCUCUAGAGGUUAUAUGUGUAUUUUAU